CACGGCCUCGCAUAGGUUACUGCUAGUAGGCCACGACCAACCGCUCCCGUCAGCUCAGCUCCAUCAUCUGAUUGCCGCCGCCGCCGCCCAUCCAGCUCAGACUGACCGCUACGUCUCACUCUCUUCUUCCUCUCCUAGCUAAUUGCCUAGCUACGGGUAGCUCAGUUAGAACUAGCUAGCCGGUGGUCACCACGCGCGCCCGCGGCACGUUUUUUAAGCCGGCCGGGUCGGACACGGCAUGCGCUGCUCCGCCCGCACGGCAAACCAUGGCUCCAGCUUCCGCAUCGCUCCUUCCCGCCGCCGGCGCCAAGCGCCCCUUCGCCGCCGACUCCGCCGUCGACGCUGCUGAUGAAGGGCAGCCCCUCGCGCAGCAGAGCGCGGUGACCAAGAAGCAUGGCGAGAGCCAGCAGGAGAAGCUGGAGUGCCCGCGGUGCAGCUCCAGCGACACCAAGUUCUGCUACUACAACAACUACAGCACGGCGCAGCCGCGCCACUACUGCCGCACCUGCCGCCGCUACUGGACGCACGGCGGCACCCUGCGCAAGGUCCCCGUCGGUGGCGCGUGCCGCCGCGGCUCCGGCAGCAGCAACAAGCGCCGCAGGCCCUCCGCCGAGCCCCACACGACCUCCUCCGAUUCGCCGCAGCAGGACACGCUCCCCCCGCUCCCGGUCUUCCCGUUCCUCACCGACGGCGGCCCCGUCUUCCUGCCGCAGUUCGACCUCGGGCUCGGCGGGUUCCCGUGGACGACGCCGGCGGCCACGGACAACCUCUACGACGGGCUCGCGCCGUGGGGUGGCUGCGACGGGGCGCUCGCCCCCACCGGCGCGUGGGAGGACUUGGGCGGCCUGGAGCUCACCUGGCCACCGCCGCCACCCCCGGCGGCCGGCAACUGAUGAUCGGCUUCGUCAUGUCAGUCAGCGUGCCGCCAGCGCGUUCGAGGCUCCUGUUUUAUCAUCGCAGCCUCGAUCGAUCAGCUAGUUGUUGCUUACCUUAUUACCAGUGUGUCUCCUGAGCUAGGAAUGUACUCAUGCUCAUGCUCAUGUAGCUCCAUGGAUCCUCCCACGACUUCACUGCGUUUCUUCUCAUGCUUAGGUACAAAUGAUGUGGCGAUUGUUGUUUGAAUCAAUGGACCAUGAUCAGCAGGGAGGACGAUGUAGUUUGGUCCGUGCAGUGAUACAAUAUUACAUAUUUACAAUAAAUGGUUAUAUAUGGUGUUGUUGCUCAAUCAUCAA